AAGUCCCAGCACACUCCUUUGAGAAGCUGCACAGAAAUGCUGGCGCUAAGCUUCAUUGCCUUCUUGCUCUGCCUCCUGGUUGUCCAAAUGGUGAGGCUGCAGUUUCGAAGAAGGCACUAUCCACCAGGGCCAAUGCCUCUGCCUUUCAUCGGAUGCUUAUGGAACCCCAAAUUUCUUCAACUAAACCGGGAACACUUGACUGAGAUGUCGAAGAUCUACGGGAAUAUUUUCACGUUGUGGUUUGGGCCGUAUCCUGUGAUUAUAUUACAAGGUUUCCGAGCGGUGAAGGAUGGUCUCACCACCCACCCUGAAGACAUGGCUGGCCGGCCUUUGCUCCCCUUAUUUAAAGCAGUGGCAAAUAAUAAAGGGAUUGUGCUUGCCACGGGUCGGACCUGGAAGCACCAACGGCGAUUUUCAAUGGCGACUCUGAAGGUCCUCGGCAUGGGGAAGAGCUCUCUGCAGUAUCAGAUCCAAGAGGAAGCAGAGAAUUUGGUGGAGGAGUUCAGGAAAAGUGAAGGAAAACCCAUGAAUCCUUAUUUGGCCCUGAACCUCGCGGUUUGCAACGUGAUUUGUGUACUUGUGUUUGGAUAUCGUUUCUCCAUAGAAAACAAGACUUUUCAUCGGCUGCUGGAAGCCAUGGAGGAAAUUUUCAGAGUUGCUAGCAGUUUCACUUUUAAUAUGUACAAUAUGCUUCCCUGGAUUGUGAAGUGUGUUCCAGGACCUCACAAGAGGGCAUUAUCUUUGCGUGACUUUGCUUGGUCAUUCAUAAGAGAGGAGAUCAAGAAACAUCAAGAAGCAGACCAUGGAGAAAAAGGCCAAGACUUCAUUCAUUUUUACCUGGCUCAAAUAGAGAAAACGAAGAACCACCCCGAACCUCGCUAUGAUGAAAAGAACAUGGUUCAGAGCAUCUUUGAUCUCUUUUUGGGGGGAACAGAGACAUCGGGAACCACUCUCUACUGGGGAUUGUUGUAUAUGGUGCUUUAUCCUGACAUUCAAGCCAAAGUUCAAAAGGAAAUCGAUAGCGUUUUACCACCAGGCCAGUCGAUCUGUUAUGAGGAUCGCAAGAAUCUUCCGUACACAAAUGCGGUGGUGCACGAAAUCCAGCGCUUUAGCAACAUCGUCUCGAUCGGAAUGCCCAGAUACUGCAUAAGAGAUACGAUGAUCCAGAAGUUUCUCUUUAGAAAGGGCACCGUCUUUAUCCCGAACAUGGCUUCUGCCUUGUAUGAUGCCAACGAGUGGGAGACACCCCUCGCCUUCAACCCGAACCAUUUCCUCGACAAGGAAGGCAAUUUCACCUGUCGAGAAGCUUUCAUCCCAUUUUCUCUAGGUUAUCGAGCAUGUUUGGGAGAAAAUUUGGCAAAAACAGAGUUGUUCCUUUUCUUUACCAACCUUGUGCAAACGUUCAAUUUCCACUUGGCUGACGGAUCAAAAGAUAUAAAGCUUGACCCGAUCUGGGGAGGCACUCUGCAUCCUCAUUCCUUUGAGAUCUGUGCAAUUCCUCGCUAGGCCACUAUGCCAGGUCUGACUAGCAGCUGUGGAUACUGGGACUGGGAAUCCAAGUAGCUGGCUUUGUCUCCUCCAACUUUUGUCUGAAAAAAAAAGCACGUUUCCAGCCCUCCUUGUUGCGAAAGGAAAAUGUAUACAACCUAGUCUCGAUCUGCAACAUGGGCUUUUGAAUACUGACAGGCCAGCAACAUCAGCCCUGGGCUGUUCUCUAUGUUCUUGUCAUUUAUCUAGUUCUACUUGAUUCCUUUUACUUGAGCCCCUAAUCUGACCGCUUUUAGAAUCGAAUUUUAAUUAUUUGCAAAAAGCAAGAGAAGGAAGAAAAAACAACAACGCUUGAGGGUUCACCACUCUUUGAAUAAUCCUUUUUUAAAAUAUAGCAUGUUUUCAUAACAUGUUGACAUUAGUUCAGCUUCCUUGACUGUGGAAAAGAAAGAGGAAAGUUAGAGGGCAACUCGGAAAUAAACCUCCAUUUGGUUAUCAACGACAUUCGCAGAUACAGAACUUUUAUUAUACACAUUAGAAAACUAGAAGAUUACACUACUUUUCAACAUAAUCGCCAUUCAAAUUGAGGCACCUGUCAUAACGUCUUACAAGAUUUGAAAUUCCUUAGUAGUAGUCGCUCAGCGCCAAAUCUGGGCUAUGGGCGGGAGGGAUGAUCAGAAACGUCCCAACGGAACCGCUUCAAAAGUUCUUGGGUGCACCUAGCGAUGUGCGGGCGAGCAUUGUAUCGUGACCCAACACCACACCGGAAGCGGUGCCAUAGAAAAUCCCGUCAAAUGUGAAGAUGCCAAAGGAGUACUGCUAGCGAAGUUCACGGAGCAUCGUUCGACCAUCAAUUCAGAAGUCUACUGUCAGACCCUUCCAAUGUAGUUCCCUUCCUAUUAUUGCUUUGCCUGUGGAUUCCUUUUCGGGGUCUGGCAUUCUGGUGGGAGGGGGGCUCCUUGCUUGGGGAAUGUAUUUGCCUGGCUCUUUGAAAUGCUCUCCAUUCGUGAAAAAGGAAUGGGGCCUAAAAACAUCUGCCUUAUCUCCAGACUACCAUUGCGAAACGAAAACGAGAGAGACCUUGAGAUGGGCGCUAAACCACUAGGUUCCGAAAACAACCCAGUGCCUAUGGAUUGGCUGGAUUUGAAAUGGAUGGUUGGACACUGGGUGGGUAGGUGCGUGGUGGAGACCUGAAUGUAAUCAUUUGCACAGGAAAUCAUCAGACCUUGCUUUGCUCUACUAACUUUCAAUAAAAGUUCCUUUUGAAACAAUGCCUGUUUCAAGAGUUCUGCUUUCUUGGGAGAUCUAGCUGAGGCAGAUCCUUACAUCUACUGUGAAAUGUUACGAAAACUCAUAUGAACCAUCCAUAAAAAGCGUUGGGGUAUGCGGACUUCCAGUGUGUUAUUGGUUUGAAAUAAUGCUUGCCCGCACACUGCUAGACACACCCAAUAUAAUGUGUAUAAUAAAAGUUCUGUAUCUACGAGUGUCUGUCACUGAUAACCAAACAGAGAUUUAUUUCCAAAUUGGCCUCGUAAAAAUAAUAUAAACAGUAAAUUUGCAGUAAUCUCCUAGAUGAAUCUUCCCCAAAAUGCUAAUUAUUGCUCUCUUCUAGGAGAUGUCUUUUCCCCCCCUGCAAUUGCAAUUUUGCUUUCUUUUCAUGAUGCUUUGGACUUACCAAUCCUCAUUGGAACUGCAUCUACACAGAGGGAAGUAAGCAGAGGGUUCCCCAAAGUUCUGUUUCAGGCCCAGUAAUUUUCAACAUAAAUGAUUUAGAUGAGAGAACAGAACGGGAAUUCAUCAGAUCUGCAAACAACACUAAAUUGGCAGGAAUAGUCACCACUCCAGAAGAUAAGCUCAAAAUCCAGAUCAAUCUCAACAGACUUCAACACUGGGCCCAAUCUAACCAAAUGAAAUUCAAUGUAGAUAAAAGUAAGGUUUUACACUUACGUUUGAAAAAUCAAAUGUAUAUGUAUAGAUUAGGUAAAACCUGGCUCAAUAGC